AUCGACUGUUUCAGCUGCUCCAAUCAGAAGCUCAGCUUACUUUGGGCCCGAAACGCUGGUCCAAUCAGAAGCUCGGCUCGUUCAACAUUGGAUCCGGAUCAGAAAAGGAGCUGCUGCUGUCACUUCCACAGCGUCGUGUCCGGUUGUUCAGUUGUACAUCCAGCACCAUGGGAAAGAAGAGUCGGGUGAAGACUCAGAAGUCAGGCUCUGGAGCCAACACUGUGGUUUCCCCGAAGGAGAUGAUGAACCUCAUCUCCGAACUGCUGCAGAAAUGCAGUAGUGCAGCACCCUCUGCUGGUAAAGAGUGGGAGGAGUACAUCCAGAUCAGAGGUUUGGUGGAGAAGAUCAGAAAGAAACAGAAGGGUUUGUCAAUGGUGUUUGAUGGCAACAGGGAGGACUACUUCCCUGAUCUGAUGUGCUGGGCUCAGGAGAACGGGGCAUCCUGUGACGGCUUCACAGUGACCAAUUUUGGUACUGAAGGGUAUGGCCUGCGAGCCACCAGAGACAUUAAGGCAGAAGAGCUGUUCCUCUGGAUUCCAAGGAAGAUGUUGAUAACUGUGGAAUCAGCCCAAAACUCUCUGCUUGGUCCUCUGUACGGUCAGGACCGGAUUAUGCAGGCCAUGGGCAACGUGACGCUGGCCCUGCACCUGCUGUGCGAGCGUGCCAGUCCCUCUUCGUUCUGGCUGCCGUACAUCCGCAGUCUACCUCAGGAGUACGACACGCCGCUGUACUACCAGCAGGAUGAUGUUCAGCUGCUGCUGGGAACGCAGGCGGUGCAGGAUGUCCUGAGCCAGUACAAGAACACUGCACGGCAGUACGCCUACUUCUACAAACUAGUGCAGACUCAUCCCGCCGCCAGCAAGCUGCCCCUGAAGGACAGCUUCACAUUUGAUGACUACAGGUGGGCGGUGUCGUCGGUGAUGACACGCCAGAACCAGAUCCCCACUGAGGACGGAAGCCGGGUCACCCUGGCACUUAUCCCCCUGUGGGACAUGUGUAACCACACAAAUGGACUGAUCACUACAGGCUACAACCUGGAGGAUGAUCGCUGUGAAUGCGUGGCUCUGCAAGACUACAAGGAGAACGAACAGAUUUAUAUCUUCUACGGCACGCGGUCCAAUGCGGAGUUCGUCAUCCACAACGGCUUCUUCUUCCAAGACAAUGCCCAUGACAGAGUGAAGAUCAAACUGGGUGUCAGCAAGAGUGAACGUCUGUACGCCAUGAAAGCCGAAGUCCUAGCACGAGCCGGCAUCCCGGCCUCCUGUGUCUUUGCUCUACACUGUAACGAGCCCCCCAUAUCAGCUCAGCUCCUGGCCUUCCUGAGAGUCUUCUGUAUGACAGAAGAGGAACUAAAGGACUACCUGCUUGGAGACGGAGCUAUAAACAAGAUCUUCACCCUGGGAAACAGUGAGUUCCCUGUCAGCUGGGAGAAUGAGAUCAAACUGUGGACUUUCCUGGAGAACAGAGCUGCUCUCCUGUUGAAAACCUACAAGUCCACGUCAGAGGACGACCGGUCUUUUUUGGAGAAACCAGAUCUCUCUCUCCACUCCUGUUUGGCAGUCCAGCUCCGCCUGGCCGAGAAGGAGAUCCUGGAGAAAGUGUCUGCUAGUGGUCGGGACAAACGACUCCACUUCCAGAAGAAACUGGAGGAAGGCGCUCCGUUGCCACACUUUGAGGAGAGCGACAUCGCUCUGUUGGAAAACAGUGACACGGAUGCAAAGCUUCCCAUUAUCCUGCGCAAGUUGGAGGAGGUGGAGGAAGGAGAUGGGCUCCAGGUGGAGGAGCCCCUCCUGAAUGGGGAGAAAGUUAGCUUUGGAACGGAGAAGAUUCAGCAGGUCAGCAGAGAUGUUGCUUCAGAGCGGAUGGGUCAGACACAAGCACCUGAACUGAGUGCCAAUCGAACUGAAGACAUCCCCAAAGAGAACAGUGAAUAACUCGGCCCCCUCACUGCCACAGCUCAUUCUAUUUAUUUAUUUUGAGUCUCUAAAUGGAUAAGAAAUGUAGAAGCUGUCAAAAAAAAAACUGUAUGUUCAUCCAGCGUGACUUCCUGCUGAACUCUCUCAGCCUUGUUUCAGGAGAGGUUCGGAUGAAAAUCCACUUUGGUUUCAGUCUGAAACAUUAAGAAAGUCAUGAGAAGACUGUCAGAAGUGAAAAAAACAAGGUGGCUUGUUAUCUUAUGUGGAUGUUAUUUUUACAGAACAAGAACCUCUCCUGUUUAGCGAUUUAGCUGCUUUAUCAUAGCGGUUUGGCUCUGUGUGUAUGUGGUUUCUUAUUUUCAGUUGACAAUCAUUGCCUGGUUGUUUAUGAGCAACCACCAUCACUGCCCUUCCUAGUUUUGGUUUAACCAACUCAUUUGUUGACAGUUGUUUCGGACUGAAAUGGAAGAUAUACUUCAUGGGACAUCUGUUUUAAAACUUUUUGAAUGUAUCAAGUGUAAAAUUGCAGUGGUGAUCCAAUAGGAAUGAUCACUGUAUUUUCUUUUUCAUAAAGCCAUAAACAGCACUGAGGAUUCAGUGAGAAGCAGAAAUGUGUUCUGUUGUUUUCCCUGUUGGAAGUUUGCUUUUUCUCAUUUCAGCAUGAUGGUUAAAAAACACAAAGAAACACUGUUCUGUUUAUAUUAUGCUUUGUGUUCAUUGUUAAAGUGAACAAAAUAAUCCUCUGUGUGAAGACCUGAUAGGCCACAAUGAUAAUCUGAGGAAAAAGGUAAAGAGACUGAGAUGGUUUACCAUGUCCUUACAAUUGUGUGAAUUUAUACACAGCUGGGUCUGUUCGACACAUUACAAUAUUAAAGAGCAUAAAUGCCAAAGAUA